UUUCUUUUUAUCUGAGUCAGUGAAAUCAACUAUUUCCGAGUAAUUAACGUUCAAACCUAAUUUUGUAUGGAAAUAACUGUCUGCGAUGAAAUAUCUAAUGAUUCCAAACGAAUUUUGGACUUCAUUGCAUUAAACUAGAUGGUCUUUACCCCAAUGCAUUGCGUCACUUUCUAGUUUUAUUACUAAAAUCAAAUAUUCAGUGUAUCUCGAUUAGGGUGUCCGAAAAAUAUUGUUUCUUUUAUUCUUCCAUGUUAUAUCUAAUUAUACCAAAUUUACAACGGAGAACAUUUAUCUGAGAGUUUCUUGAUGAAAAACAGUGAUAUUUUAUAAAAACUAAACAUGAAACAAUAAACUACUGCAUCACGCGAAGAGAAGUAAGAAAUAAAUAGUAGGAAAAGAAUUUAAUUAUGCAACGGUGAGCGAGGAUCAAGGUUGGAAAAACACGCAGCGGUUAUAAAUCGGUGGCUGUCUCGAAUGCGCUCUGAAACAUCUGUAAUUAUGAGAUAAUAAUUGAAAAACUCGUUCGCUUGAAAAAAUUCUGUUGUAAAAAGCCUUGCGUGAAAGAGACAAAAAAGAAGGAGAACAAAAAACUCUGAAAAAAAGAAUAUCAAGAAGGAGAAUUGAUGGAGAAGUCGAAGGAAAAUACGAAUUAUUUCAUUCAGAGCUCCUGUCUUGCUCUCCGUCUAUAUUGAUUACGAAAUGUCUAAGGCAAAUCAAAUAAUUGUGCACGCCCUCUGAUGUUGUGAACUUUGUGCUAUUGCACAAUCCAGUUUGAAUUCUGAUCACAAUUGCCAGGAGCUUGGAUUGCAAUGACUGCACGGAACAUCGGAUCAAAUGUUAUCGCUUCUGCGCAGGCAUGCAUAUUGUACUAUUAUAAGGUGACAGCCAUUAUUUAACGAAUCAAAGUUAUUGAUGACAGACAAAAAGUUUGAAUAAUGUCUGGAAUCGAAGCCAAAGGCAAUUUGAACACAGAUGAUAAUGUCGUCGACAAAAAAACCAUAAAGGACAGUCUGAAGGAUGUGACAAGUGAUUUUGAGUCUUUGCUCAUCGAUAGUAACAAGAUAAAAAAAUGGGACGAAAAUGUAGUUGAGAAUCCGAUACCCCGAGUGAAAGAUCGUGGCGAUCGUUUGUCGAGUAUUUUUUUGGAGACCAAUGAUAGCGAUGAGGAUGGAAUUCUAGAAAAUAUUGAGAAAAAUUAUGAUGAGACAGUGAAGGAAGAUAGUCAAGUGAACUAUGAUGAGGAUGAAGAACUCGACUUGGAUCUUGAUGAACCUUCUUCACUUGAGGUGAUAGAGUAUGCACGGCACGAACUCGGUGAAACUGACGAGAUCAAAUGUCAAACACUUCAAGAAUUAAGAGAUAUGAUAUAUGAAAGAGGUGAGUGCACUCCGCAUAGAGUGGACGAUGCAUUCCUUAUACGAUUUUUGAGAGCACGAAAUUUCAACGUGAACCGUGCCCACCGAUUGGUAGUGAGGUACUACGACUUCAAAGAGGAACAUCCGGAUAUACAUCAAGGUGUGGAUCCCCUGAAAAUGCGGCAUAUUGGUGACGACGAUGUCAUGACAGUUCCAGGAUACAGAACCCGUUGUGGACGUCGUAUGAUGAUUUACAGAAUUGGAAAUUGGGAUCCAAAAAAAUAUGGUAUCGAGGAACUUUUUAAGGCCACUGUCAUCAUUUUAGAGCUUGGAAUUCUUGAGCCAGUUGCACAAAUACUCGGAGGUGUCGUCAUUUUCGAUCUCGAGGGCAUUACAAUGGCCCAUGCUUGGACAAUAACCCCCCAGGUCGCCAGUAUGGUAAUGGCAUUGAUGGUGUCCGCAUUUCCCAUGAAAACUCACGCUAUCCAUAUACUUCAUCAGUCUUGGAUUUUCGAUGUUAUUUUUGCAAUGUUUCGGCCUCUUUUAGACGCAAACAUGCAAAACCGUAUUUUUUUUCAUGGUGAAGAUAUGUCGAGUCUUCACAAGCACGUCGGAAUAACCAAUUUGCCAAAAAAAUAUGGCGGCACGCGAGAAGAGCUAAAAUAUUACAAAUGGAUAGAUUCGUUAAGUAAAAAACCUAAGAUCGUUAAAGAAAUGUAUCACCUUGGUUACGUUGUAUCGGAUGAGCUACUUAAAACAAUUGAGCAUCUUAUUUGACACUUUAACGGAAUAUUCACCAAUCUUAUUUGGUUUACUCACAUUUUCGGAAUAUUUUUUUUUUUUCAAUUUUUUUUUGAAAUUUCGAAUUAUUUUGAUGAACUAUCCAACUUUAAAAAGUAAUUUUAAAAAAGCAACAAAAAGUUGUUAUAUUUUUAUAUUUAAAAAAUAAACAAACAUCGAUUGUUCGGUAAAUAUUUCAAAUUGCCGUUUCACCUUUAAAAUGUUUCAAGUAAAAAAAAUAUGUUCCUAUUGACUCAAAAAUUCAUAUGCCUCCUUAAUAUUAUCUGGGGAACUCAUUAUGAGUGAUUAACCCCUUCGCUGUGAGGUGAAAAUCACAUUUUCGUACCAUUUUUGUGUUGGAAAAAAAUUUUCUUAGAUUUGUCUCAAAGUCACAGUAUGAACGUUUUUGGGGUCGCUGAAUUUGAAUUCGACAUCAGAUUUUCAAAAUUAAAAAUGGCGGAUCCAAUAUGGCGGACGCAAAUUUGAAAAAUGGUUUGAUUUCGACGAAACUAAAUAUCGUACAAUUCCGGAGCGCUGAAUCCGAAGAAGAAAUCCGAUUCUAAUAAUUUCAUAUAGUAGAUCCACUACAACACAAGAGGCUUUGAGUUUUGAUUUAAUUGAGUUGAUUUAAACUCGAGCGCCUAAAUGUGAGAAAUAACUCAACAGAAUAUAAAAGUAUUCUAAACAAUGUAAAUAUGUAGCGAGAUUUUUUCUUCUCGUAUAGGCUCCCAGGUCGCGGAAAUAAAGACAUAACACUCAUACUCAAUAUAGAUCAUUUUGAUUUGGCUUCAUACGCGUAUUUUCGUACUCGAUCAGUUGUAGAUUAAUUUUAUCGCUACUCUUCAUCUCAUGAUCAAGGGUACUAUUCUGGGAUCAUCCACUAUACACCGAAUCGCUCUCUUUUGACCCGAAGUUUCAACAACCAUCACGUCCACGAUUCGUGACUUUGGGUUCGGCUGAGAGCGGGAUAUGAGGCAAAAAAAUAUUCUUUUACAUUCGUUCUUAUAACUAGUUUGUCGUACAUGAUUUGUCAAAUUUUUAUUCAUUAUAUUGUAUCCGAGCUUAACAUACUUGGAGUCAGAAUUCAAAUUCGAUAUUUGCGACCAUAAAUAUCUGAAAGUCGAAAUUAAUCCAUUUUUCGUAUUUGCGUCCACCAUAUUGGAUUCGCAAUUUUUAAUUUUGAAAAUCUGAUGUAGAAUUCAAAUUCAGCGGCCCUGAAAACCAUACUCACUUUCGUCAAAAUCAAAGCAUUUUUCGAAUUUGCGUCCGCCAUUUUGAAUUUUGAAAAUCUGAUGUCAAAAUCGUAAUCAGCGACCCCAAGAACCAUGGUGUACUAAAUUUCAAUCGAAUCGGUGCAGUAGAAAUAUGUUUUUUUUGAAUGCCCCUAUGUGUGUCAUAACACAAAAAUGGCACGACUUUUUUCUGCCCCUACGUGUGUCACUCACAGUGAAGGGGUUAAGAAUAAUAUUAUAUAAAAUUUGGAACUGUUUUGAGGUGGAGCCGUGAUGCAAAAUAUUUACCACUGUAUGUGUUGGAACCAAAUUUUAUGGUGAUGUACUUUACCUACCCUUAGUCUUGUUCUUGGGUAAUAAAAUAAAAUUGUACGUUAAGAAAAA